UAAGAACAAAAACUUUCCGGCGGAUGCAUUUUGGAGUAAAUUUAUUUUAUUCGUGUAUUUUAAACAUUUGAAGUGAGAAAUUUAAGAAUUCCAGUAAAGAAAUAUAUUAUUAGAUUUGUAUUAUUAUGUCUGUAACAUAAGUGGAAGGCAUCUGUUACAUUGGUGCAAUGCAAAAGGCUGUUAUGAAAUUGAAUUCGGCCAUUUGCCGGUUCGGUUUCGUUUAAUAUGAGCGUUUGUGCGAUUACUGCAGAAGGUUCGAGAUGCGUGAUUGUUCAUGCAAGUAAAAUAUAUGUUUAAAAGUACUAAGUUCAAGUUUUAGUGCAUAUUUAAGUGAAAUUUACCAAAUUCAUCAACAGCAGCGCGAGAUACAUGUGUAUACGAGGUGCAUACAAACGGUAAUUUCAAGUUGUCUCAUCUACUUUCUUCGGUUCUGGUUGACCUUGUAAGGUUAAAAGGAAAAAGAUGACUCUUGCUUAUUUAACGGAUUUUUAACGGAAUCGUUGCGUGUAGAACAAAAAAAUGUGAAAAAAGUAUUAGCUCAGCAAUAUUUAACACAUAAAAAAUAACAAAUUAAUUGCGGCAUAUUAAAAUUAAUGUGAAUACAAAUUUACUGAAGAGCAUAGUGGUCACUUAUGAUAUGGAAAUUGUAAAAAGGUGUUGUUUAUGUUUUAAUGGGCUUUUUGCAGAGUUGCUGCUGAAAAUUGUGUAACGAAACAAUAAAAAAAUAACUGGCAUAUAAAUUCGCGAACUUCGUUACUAAACGUAAUUAUUUAUCAAGUGCGAUUUUAAAUAUAUUAAAUCAUAGCUUUUGAAAUAUCUAAGCAGUGAAGUUUGUGAAUAUAACUUAAAAAUGACAUUUUUGUGAAGUUUACUUAAAAAUAAUAAUUACUAAAAUUUAUUACAUAUGUAAAACGGUACUGCUCGUGUGUAAAUAUAAGUAAUUGAAAAUCAGGAACCGAAUAUCUAAAACUAAAACCAUGCCCAGAACCAAUUUAAGUAAAGCAAAUCGCAACGACUUAGUAUCAAAGUCAAAUAAAUUACAAGAAAACAACAUGAAGUCCACUGAAAGAAAUGCAGCUGCAGGAAAUAGCCCUGAGAGAGUGUUUGUUAAUUCAGAAAUUAUUCAAGAAGCGCUACAAACGUUCAUAAAUCGCCAUCGUAGCAGUUUACAAAAACUAACGGAACUAAAUAGUAAGCUGGGUCAACAAAACUCUCUCUUAAAUGUACAAAUUAACAAUCAACAUGGCAUCAUAUUGACGCUAAAUGAAAAAAUUGCCGCUGGCGAAAAAGAGCUUACCAAAUACAAAAAAGAGCAAACGCGUUUGAUGGAAAGUAAAAGUUUGCUGCGCGCCGAAUUGUUGACUUUUAAAAAGCGCUGUGGUGAAUUGAUGAUUUCCAAUGAAAAGGAGCUGAAGGAUUGCGGUGAAAAGGAGGCGGUGUUGAGAAAUGAGGUGGGAAUAUUUAAUGAAGGAAUGUAUGAAGAUAAAAGAAUAACUGUAUUUCUUAACUUUCAGCUUGAUGUGAUUCGUCAGGAAUUGCAAGCCAAGCAGGCUGAAUUGGACAAUAACAACGCAGAGCUGGUAAAAAUCGGAAUUGAAAUCGAUGAAAGCAAACUGAAACUGGAGCAACUACAGAAAUCAAUCAGUGAUUUGCAGGAUGAGCUGUUGCGAAAAGAUAAAACCAUUAAUACUUUGCGUAAAGAACACGCUGAUUAUAAAACUGAAACAGAGAAAACCAUCAAUAAAAUGCGAGAAAUCCAGCAAAUAUUCUACCCGAAUGCCACAAAUCCCUUGCCGCACAUACAACGAAACGACGAGAGUCGCUCUACGCAACCCGUCAGCAUUACUGUGCAGCCAAGACCUCAGAGCCGCGCUGUCUUAAAGCGCAGUUGUACGUCUUCUUCGUCGGAUACAGAUGUAGAUAAUGAGGAGCGCGCAUUGCUGCGCGGUUGGAGACCAACCAGAAAUAAUAAAAGCCUACCGACGCGAUCUGAAAGUAAUAGGGGUUCAACGGAUAUUCCACCAACAUCAGAAAGCGGUGUUGAAGUAAUCACACAUAAACGUUCUCGGCGUUAGCAAAGCCAUAAGAUUCUUGAUGUUAUUCUAUUAAAUUAUUCCUCCAUAUUAUCUCUAAAACAGCAAUUCAUAUAUCUUCGUAUUGUAAGUAGUUGAUAAGAAACUAUGUUUUUUUUGUUAUUGUUUUCAAGAAAAUCACUUCGAUACUCAGUACAGUUUAAUAAUUACUUAAGUACUGAAGAAUAAGCAUACAAUUAAAAGAUUAAAAUAUCAAUUAAAUGUAAUUAAAAUUUAAGUUCGGAAGUGAUAGCGGUAAAUGAAGUGUCUUUUCAAAUGAGUAGCAACUUACUGAUUACAUUUUUUGUUGUAUAUCGAUCAAAAGACUUUUCGUUAUAGUUUGACAUACUUACCAUACUUGAAUUUCAAUAUUUAUGACUUCAUUGAAUUCUUUAAAUUCUCAAAAAAAUGUGU